AGAAAAUCUAUUUUCUAUUUUGGGGCUACGCGUGGCUGUCGUAGCUGUCAAAUCAGCGGAGGAAGAAGACGUAAUUGAGGAUUUACGGUUUUAUCAUCUAAAGUAUCAAAAUUUGAAAAAUGACUAGUCAGCGUGAAUCAUCACAGGACACCAUCCUUCCAAAACUUAGUGUGUCAAGUGUCAUUGAUUCAUUUGCAUCCAGUCCUGAAAGGAAAGGCAGAAUCCGUCGAAGCACAGUUGGAGUACUGGCCUUGCAGGAGACAAUUAAAGAAAAACAGGGAAGAUAUAGAGAAGCAAGGGAAAACAGGAGUAAGUUGUUUGAUCAGACGCAUCAUUAUAUCAUGGAAAUCAUGGCCAGGUACUUGGCAAUAGAGAAAGCUACAGUGGAGGAGUUUGUUCUGGAUUCGCUGUCUUUCCAACCUUUUGAUGACUUCUUUUCGAAAGGAGGCUUAAAAACACUUGCGUUCUUUUUCCAAAACGCUGAACCACCACCAAUAGGAGAUAUUCUUUUGUGUCUUGGAUUGUACUGA